AUGCAAUUUAAACAAGAAAAAGAAGCAAAAAAGGAAGCUUUUAGGAAGUAUUUAGAGUCUAGUGGCGUUGUUGAUUUUCUAACUAAAGUUCUUGUUUCAUUGUAUGAGCAAGAUAACAAGCCUGCAUUUGCUUUAGAAUUUGUACAACAAAAGUUGGGGGGUCCAACGAUUGUUGAAUAUGAGAAGCUGGAAGCAGAGAUGUCAGAGCUGCAGACAAAAUACAAUGAACUUGUGGCCACACAUCAAGAGACUUGUAAGCAGUUGGAGCACUAUAAAGUUUCCUCCACCAUGACCACUUCAGAAGAUACCAUUGAAGGCGUGCCCGCCCCCCAUAAGGUGAAUCGUGAAGGUCACAACUGACUCCGUGCACUAAAUUAAAGUUGACAUUUGCCUAUUCAAAGUAUUUAUUUAUUUGAAGGCUAUUUUAGCUUUUUGAUUCCUGUCUAUUAGAAAAUGAAUCAAAUUACUUGGUGUAUGUAAAUGUAAUGUAAUGUGUUUUUUCCUCCCGGGGGGAGGACUAUAUUUUUUAAAUUCCUUUUUGGGGUAAUUUCUUCGUCCAUAAAGAACAAACUUUAUAGAGUUUCAUCGGAUUGAGAAGUGAUGUAAA